UUGUCCCAUUGCUGAAACUGUUUAAAAGUGAAAGUAACGGCAUUUCAGCGCGGGUCACAUUUGUGUUUAAAAUUCCCACACUUUUUUGUUUGUUUUGGCACUAUUGCCACUAAUAAUAUGUGAUACGAUAGACAAAAUGGCGUCUGUUUCAGAGCAGCUUGUGGAAACAUUGGAUGAACUGGAGCCAGAGAAACUGAAAAGGUUCAAGUGGCAUUUAAAACAACGUGAAUCGGCUUUGUCUGAUAAACUUGAGAAUGCAGACGUCACAGACACUGUGGAUCAGAUGCUGGAGCGUUUUGGAGAAGACGGAGCUGUGAAGAUCACAUGUGACAUCCUGAAGAAGAUGAAACACACGCAGCUGGCUGUACAGUUAGAGACGAAGGAAGUUCACAAUGCUGGGGGUUGUGUUGAUGUCAGUGGUCAAACGGGUGCUGCUGUCAACGCUCCUGUACUCGCCCAUAACAUCAUCUCAGGGCCAGUAACCUUCAACCUCAACACAACCACCGGGCUACAAAAACCCUCAUUGGGCGAGACAUCUGGGAUUCACGCAGGAAAACAAAAGGAAGAUGUCCUGAAACAGCACAAAGCCAACAUGAGGGAGAAAACGGAGCACAUUUUCGAAGGCAAAAAAGAAAAUAAAACCCAACUUAAAAAAGUUUACACGGAGCUGUUUAUAGCGGAAGGAGAUAUUACUGAUGUCAACAAUGAGCAUGAGAUUAUGAAGAUUGACCGAGCUUUCAAAUGCCCCAAAUUUAAAGACACACCAAUCCACUGCAAUGAUAUUUUCCGCUUACUGAAGCAGAAGAGAAACAUUGUGCUCACCAAAGGCAUCGCUGGCAUUGGAAAAACCUUCUCGGUGCACAAGUUCAUUCUGGAUUGGGCUGAAGGAACAGCCAAUCAGGACGUAGACGCCAUGUUCCUGUUUCCCUUCAGAGAGAUGAACUUGAUUAAAGACAAACACAUCAGUUUCCACGAGUUCCUGCUGGAAUUUCAUCCUGAACUGAAAGAAUUGAAGGACGCGACGAUGUUUGAAAGUUGUUCGCUUGCUUUUAUCUUCGACGGACUUGACGAGAGUCGCCUUCCGUUGAGUUUCGACAGCGCGCCACUAACCUGCACCAAUACACAAGCGUCUGUCGAUGCUAUAUUCACAAGUUUAGUCAAAGGCCACCUGCUUCCAUCAUCGCUCAUCUGGAUCACCUCAAGACCAGCGGCGGCCAAUCAGAUUCCUCCAGAGUUUGUAGGUUUGUUCACCGAGGUGCGAGGAUUCAACGACCCGCAGAAGGAGGAAUACUUCAGAAAGAGAAUCGAAAAUAAGACUCACGCUUCUGAAAUUAUCAAACACGUUAAGACGUCUCGUAGUCUCUACAUCAUGUGUCACAUCCCCGUGUUCUGUUGGAUCGCCGCCACCGUGCUCCACGAUAUUCUCGUCAGGAACAACGGGGAGGACAUUCCCACGACGCUCACGGAAAUGUACAUUCACUUUCUGCUGAUUCAGAUGAACAUGAAGAACCAAAAGUACGACGAGAAAAACGUGAGAGAACGUACAAAGCUGCUUGGCUCCAACAGGGAGAUGAUUUUCAAGAUGGCCAAAGUGGCGUUCGAACAGCUGAAGAAAGAAAACGUCAUGUUCUAUGAAGAAGAUCUGCAAGAGUGCGGUAUUGACGUGAGCGAAGACUCGGGGAUGAUCGCCGAGAUCUUUAAGAAAGACUCCGUGCUUCACGAGGUGAAGGUUUAUUACUUCGUACACCUGAGCAUCCAGGAGUUUCUCGCCGCGCUGCACGUGUACGUCUGCUACCAGAACAACGAUAUGGACGACCUCAGUUUGUUCCUCGAGGGUUCGCGUCCCGAGAAAGACCUGCUGUACAUUUUGCUGAGGAAAGCGAUCGAUUACGCGCAGAAAGACGAGAGGGGACAUUACGAUCUCUUCAUCCGCUUCUUGCUGGGCAUUUCUCUCGACUCCAACCAACAACUUCUCACAGGCUUGUUGACGCGCAAGGAGAACAAUAAAAAGUGCAUCGCAAAGACCAUCCAGUACAUCAAGCAAAUGCAAAACAAAGAUAUGUGCAGGGAUAAAUCCAUCAAUCACUUCUUCUGCAUCCUUGAGCUCCAGGACAGAUCUCUGUACCAACAGAUCAAGAAUUAUCUGAAACCGGGGUCGGGUCAAAAGAGGGAGAUCUCCUCCUCAAACUGCUCAGCGCUGGUCUACGUGCUUGUGAUGUCAGAGGAAGUGCUGGAUGACUUUGACGCGAAGAAGUUCAGCACGACGUACGAAGGACGCAGAAGGCUGGUCCCGGCAGUGAGAUGCUGCAGGAGAGCUCUGUUUUCAGACUGCGGACUGACAGAAACUUGCUGUGAAACGCUGGCCUCUGCUCUCCAGAUAGAGAACUGUCCGCUCAUAGAGCUCGACCUCAGUGAUAAUUUCAACCUGGAGGCCGGAGUGAAGACGCUCUGUGCUGGACUGAAGAGUUCAAACUGUAAACUUGAGAUAUUAAGACUGGCCCAGUGUCACCUUGGUCAGGAGUGCUGUGAGUCGCUGGUCUCUGCUCUCAGUAAUGUCUCGUGCCGUCUGAGAGAGCUCGACCUGAGCGGCAAUGACCUCCAGAACUCUGGACUCCAACAUCUCUUACUUGGAAUGGAAAACACAGAAAGAAAGCUUGAAAUUCUGAGACUGAGCUGGUGUAAUCUCACAGAGAAGAGUUGUGAGAUACUCGCCUCGAUUCACUGCUUGAAGUCUCCUCUGAGAGAUCUUGAUGUGAGUAACAAUGAUCUUCAGGAUUCAGGAGUGAAGCUGAUCUCUGAUGCUCUCAACAACACAAACUGUCAUCUACAGAUACUGAGGUUAUCAGGUUGUAUGGUGACAGAUGAAGGAUGUUGUUAUUUGGCUUCAGCUCUGAGUUCAAACCCGUCACACCUGAGAGAACUCGACCUGAGCUACAAUCACCCACAACACUCAGCACUUCAGCUGCUCGCUUAUCAAAGUGAUCCAAACUACACACUCAACAAACUCAAAAUUGAACCUGGAGGUGAGAGCUUCAUCAAGUCAGGGAUAAGAAAGUACGCUCACCACCUCACACUGGAUCCAGAUACAGCACACGUUAAUUUGCUUCUCUCUGACGGUGACAGAAGCGUGACCCACGUCACGGAGAAACAGCCGUAUCCGGAUCACCCCGACAGAUUCGAGCCCUUCUGUCAGGUUCUGUGUCGAGAGAGUCUGUCUGGACGCUGUUACUGGGAGGCUGAAUGGACCGGGUCAGAUGGGAUGACAGGAGUGACCUACAAAAGCAUUCUCAGAAAAACAGAUGAAAUUGUCGUUGUGGAAGCCACCAGUCAGCUCGGAAACAACAGUGUUUCGUGGGCACUGACCUGUGGAGCGAGACCGUACGCUUGUCAUGAUGAAAAAGACAUCAGCAUACAGACCCCAACCUCUCGCUCUUCCAGAAACGGAGUGUUUGUGGACACGGUGGCCGGCAGAUUGUCCUUCUACAGUGUUUCUGACUCACACACGCUCACACAUUUGUACACAUUCCUGACGUCUUUUCAAGAAGCUCCCUAUGCUGGAUUUGAGGUGGAUAGUGGCACUUUGAACUUGUGUCAGCUGGAGUAACUUCAAAGUCAUUUCAAACUCCAUCAAAAGAUUUCUUCUGCUCAUAGUUUAUAAACUCAAUCAUCACUUCAUUCUCAUUCACUUCAACACUUCAUAACCUCUGUAGUGUGCACUCACACAGACACUGAGCAGUGUUCAUUUACUCUGUAACGUAACUCAGUCCAAACCUCAGCAAUGAUGGUUGAUGGUUCAAAAUAUUAGUAGUAAAUAAAUUCUCUGAGUAAUUCUAUUUUUAUGUUUUCACUGAAAGUGUCACAUCCAUAACGCUGGAAUUGCCCAAAUCUGUUUUAGAUGACAAGAAAGUCAUCAAUUUUUUUAUAAGGCUGUAUUUCAUUUUCAAUGUCAGUUGCAUGAAAUUUUAGACAAUUUAGAAAAAGUCUGAUGAGCUCCUGACUAACUUUUCGUUAUGAUUUAUGUUCAUGAAAACCAAAUAAACUGUCAAGUGUUUCAAUAAAUUAAAAAAAUGUG